GUACACAGAUGGCAUACGAUACAUACAUACAUACAUCAGGGACACUCCAUAACAGUAACACCUGAGUGUGUCCACUCAACCUUUUUCUUCCAACUUUCAAGUCAAGUCUAAUUAGUUUUGACAUUCGAUGGGAACGGGCUUGACUUCGACUUGUCCUCCCUUCCGCAACAACAAAUCUACAAUGCACAAACAACUAAUCAGUCAUUUGUUCUACAAACGAAAAGGAAGGGUGGUUGGAUGUGUAAACGCUAACUUACACGACAAAGGAUAUUUAACUCGAAACACCAUAGCUCUCUUCUCAUUCUUUUGUUUUCUACCGCUGCUUGCUUUGUUUUCUUCCUACUUCCUCGUUUUUCCCGGGGAUGUCAAGUCACUAAACUCUCACUACCUCCUUACCCUGUCUUGUCCUGCCCUCUCCUCUUCUCUCUCUCUCCGCCCCGACCCCUAACUCUUCCCUCCCUCUAUCUUCUCAAGAGUACAUCAUAACUCACCCAAGU